AUGCUGAUGCUGUGCCCCCUCCUCCAUUUCCAGGCUGCCCAGACCCCUCCUAGUCUGCUGCAGGUCCUGGGGGUGCCAGGGGAGGGCUGGCUCAGGAGGGCACACGUGCGGAAUGCUGCCCCCCCCACUGCCGCCGCCAGCACCCCCCCCGCCGCCAGCACCCCCUCUGUCACCAGCACCCCCUCUGUCACCGGCACCCCCCCCGCCGCCAGCACCCCCUCUGUCACCAGCACCCCCCCCGCCGCCAGCACCCCCUCUGUCACCAGCACCCCCUCUGUCACCAGCACCCCAGCCAGCGAAGAGCUCAGCACCAGCCAGAGGUACGUGCUGGGCUCGCUGGCAGGGCUGGCGCUGGCCCUGUGCCCGCUGCUGGCGGUGGCCCUGCUGCGCUGUCCCCUCUGCCGCCAGUGCGAGCGCUGGCUGCACCCCCUGCUGCUGGGGCUGGCCUCGGGGACCCUCAGCGGGGACGCGCUCCUGCACCUCCUGCCGCAGCUCCUGGGGUCCCACAGCCACGGUGAGGUGUCCCCAAGCCCCCCCGAGGUGUCCGAGGAGGCCCAGGUGCUGCCCUGGUCGCUGCUGGGGGUCCUGGGGGGGCUCUAUGGAGCCUUCCUGCUGGAGAAGCUGCUGAGCAUCCUCCUGCCCCAGGGCCCCCUCCCCAGCGCCCCUGCAGAGGGCCAGCAGCACCGCCAGGGGGAGCUGGAGCAGCAGCCGGCGGGGUCCAGCAUCGAACUGGUUAAGCCAGAAGAGGCCGAGAGCUCUCCCACGCCCCCAGCGCUGCAGAGCAGAGGUGUGCCCUGGACCAUGACGGUGGGAGGUGCUGCACACAACCUGGCCGAUGGGCUGGCACUGGGGGCUGCCUUUGCCCACUCGUGGCGCAGUGGGGCCAGCACUGGGCUGGCUCUGCUUUGCCAUGGGCUGCCUCAUGCCAUGGGCUUUGUGUCGGUGCUGUCGCAGUCCGGGCUGGGGGCCCGGCGGGUGCUGGCUCUGGGGUGCUGCUGGAUGCUGCCGGUGCUGCCUGGCGUCUACCUGGGGCUGGUGCUGGGCACCACCAGCUCUGCCCGCACCUGGCUGGGUGCCAUCGUCACUGGGCUGCUGCUGCACCUGGCGCUGGCCGACAUGGUGCCAGCCAUGGUGGCAGCAGAGGCAGGGGCCCCGUGGGUGCUGCUGGGGCUGCAGAGCCUGGGGCUGCUGGGGGGCUGGGGGAGCAUGGUGGGACUGGCGCUGGCAGAGGAUGCCCUGCCCCACUGA